AGGCGCACUGUUGUUGGUGCUGUUCUUUUCACUUUCGUUGCGUUUUGCUCUGUAUUUAAUUUGGCAAUUUAAGUGUUUGUUCAACAGCUGUGAUAUUGUGCCAUCGACUUGUGGUAGCAAGAUGAUGAAUAUCGGCGCAGAGCCCAAAAGCAGAAGCAACAGAUAAUAAUAGAAGCCCAGCAGAGGCUCAUAUUGUGUACGUGUGUGUCUGUCUUGUGCGUCUGUGUUUGUGUGUUUUUUGCAACAAAAAAACCGGAAAAGCAAAAACACAUACACGAAUGCGGAUGUGAGUGCAGAUGCGGAUGUAGUAGCCACUGCGGAUAUUAUCCCCAAACACAAAAUGCAAAUCCUGCAAGUGUUAUUGGCAACGCUGGUCUGUGGCGUCGUUUCGGGAGCCAAUAUCCUGGCAGUUUUUCCCAGUGUCUGGAAAUCGCAUUAUCUUUUUGGCCGGCGAUUACUGCAGGAAUUAGUUCAAAGUCCAGGAAACCACUACGUGACUUUGAUAAGUCCUCAUGCCCAGCUGGAAAAUGUGAACACGUCUAGGAUCAGGGAAUUGCGAAUCGAGGGUCUCAGGGAAAAUUGGCUUGAUAUGGGCAUGAGUUUCGAGGCCGAGGAAAUGCGAUCGCAAAGUGUAAUGGAGAGGUUUACCCGGCUGAUCUACGCAGGCACCACCAACGUGGAUAUCCUAUUAUCCGAUCCCCAAGUGCGAAAGCUCCUAACAAGUGGUGAAAAGUUUGACUUACUUAUAGCUGAUCUGUUUCUAAGCGAUGCUCUUCUAGGCUUGGCAUUCUAUUAUGGCAUACCCACCGUUGCAAUCAGUCCCACCGGCGCCAACUCCUGGCUCAAUAACAUGUUUGGCAAUCCCCAAUCAUCAUCCCUGGAUCCCAGUAAUUUCCUGCCUUUCACCGAAAGGAUGAACACGAGGCAAAGGAUUCUAAACUCAUUGAUGAGCACCUUUGAGCGGUUGACCUACAACUUUUUCCACCUGAUCUCCCAGCAAUCAGUGUACACCAAUCACUUUGAACUGCUUGUUAAGGAACUACCGCUCUACAAAGAUCUGACAAAGAAUCUAAGUUUGGCCUUGAUCAACUCUCAUCCUGGUUUACACUAUCCUCGAGCGUAUUUGCCAAAUAUGGUGGAAGUGGGCGGUCUGCAUUUGAGUCAUUCAAAUGUACUCCAUUUGCCAAAGCAUCUCUUGGUCUUUAUUGAAGCCGCUCCUAGUGGGGUUAUCUAUGUUAGCCUGGGAGCCGAUGUGCAAACAGCUCAGCUGCCUCAGGAAAAGUUGUCCAUCAUCAUCGAUGUUUUUAGUCAUCUCAAGGAGUUCCACUUCCUGUUAAAAUGGGAAAAGGAGGAAUUUACAAUGGAACAAGAAUUGCCCGAGAACGUUAUGAUCGCUGAAUGGUGGCCACAGCAAGCAAUCCUGCAUCAUCCGCAGGUCAAGAUGUUCAUCAGCAGCUGCGGGCAGUUGAGUGUCUGGGAAUCAAUAAGUGGCCAAAAGCCCAUACUUGCCAUACCCAUAUUGGCCGAACAGGAGGUGAUGGCCAAGCGGUUGCAGCUGCACGGAGUCUCCCUGACCGUUGGCUACGACUCAAUAGCAUAUGACUCCCUGCUUCAUGGGAUAAGACAGCUCACCCUAAAUACCAGCUAUGUGGAGAAAUUACGUCAGCUUAAGGAUCGGCUGAUUGGCAAGGAUUCCUCGCCAGCUGGAAAAGCAGUGCGAAAGAUUCAGUGUAUAUUGGAAUCCGGAGGAGCUGAUUUCCUUAAGUCCCAUGCCAAUACUUUGAACUUUUGGAGAGCAGAAGGUGUGGAUGUACUGGUUAUAAUAACCUUGGGCUUUUGUGGAAUUUUAACCAUUCCCUUCCUGGCCAUUUGCAUUAUACUAAGGAAGUCCUAUCAUAUUCAAGCGGCACAGGAUCAGCCACCCUAUAGAACUAAUCUGAAAGUAGUUGGAAGAGUUCAUAGCUAUGGUGAGCAAGGGAGCUGUAAACCUCCCAAGGGAACCGAGUCUCUCAGGAGGACAAGAUCAGCUCAAUCUUUAUCUGCUCGGUCUAGUUCCUCGAGCAUGAGUUCCACCACGCCAACAAGUCCAUCAACGGCAUCUACUACGCCAUUGGACCUGACUCCACCGCCACCGAUUCAGCUGCUCGGCCAGGUGCCGCCAUUGCAGCUGUAUGUGAAUCAGCAGCGGAUAUACUCAGGCGAUCGAAAGACAUCACAGGAAGACAACACAGAGCUAAAGUUCUCAUAACGAUAUAUCUCCCAACGGAACAUAAAACUUUUGGUGGGUCGAAUAGAAAGGAUUUUUUUUCCCCUUUUCUUAGCUUAAUUCGAGGUUUUGUUUUAAAACUGUUUAAUUGCAUAAAAUGAAGCAGUUCUUAAUCUGGCCUUGGCCUAAUUCAAAGUUGAGAAACGGGGCUUCGGGUGAGAAAGUAACCAUUGGACAAUCUACUUUUUGGAUUUCAGUCAAUAUAUAGCUUACAUUUUAAGCUUGUACUACAUAUAGUUCAUUUUCAAUUAUAUUUCAAUGUCAAAAAAAUGUAAAUCAGUUUUGUUUAAAAAAACAACUACCAAAUUUUGUAUUGUCCAAAGAGUACAUUCUGAUCCUAAAUUUCGUGUCACAAAAACCGACCCACCCUAAACCAUACCUAUAUCCAUAUAUGUCGUCUAGUGGUAAGUGUGAUUUUUUGUUAAUAAUUGUGGUUUUAUAUUUGGAUAAGUUUUAAAAGAUAUAAAUUGUACAUAUUUUGAAUACUUUUACUGUAUGUGAACGAAAGUUCGAACUUUAAACAGAGGAUAUUUAUACCGACCAAGUAUAACCAUAUAUUAGGCA